ACAUGUGUCAGGAUUUGAGCUGCAAGCGCUGCAAGACAUCUCCUGACGUCUCCGGAUAUAUAAGCUCUAUGGUUAUAUAAUUCACUGUAUUAACCUAUUUUCUUUCUCAAUACGUUUCCUAAACGCCAUAUCAAAUUUCAAUAUAUUUAUAUUGUGAAUUUUGCUUUGCAUCUUCGCACUCAUGGAUUCAACGCAAGCAAUAAAUUUUCGGCGUGAUGAGGAACCAAUAUCAGCAUAUAAUGAAGAUUUCAACCACGAUUUAAUUUCUCUAAAAACAGAAGAAAAAAAGCUGAGACGCAGACAAGAAUGGUUGCGACGCAGACAAGAAUGGCUGCGACAGCAAGAACGUGAGAGACAACAUGAAAAAUUAAAGCAGCAAAAAAUUUUAGAGUAUGAGAGAAAACGUGCGCAAUCUUUAAAACAUGCGCAAGCUUUAAAGCUUGCUGAGCAAAAAUCUUCAUAUUAUAGUCGAAGUAGAAGUGACAGUAAGUCUCCCUCACUUCACCAGCAUAGAGGAAGAUCUGCAUCAAAUGAGUCUAAAUCAGGCACUUUGUAUGAAAAAUUAGAUGAGUCUUCAAGUGUGGCGGUACCCUUGUGCAAAGGUCUUCAGGGCAUACAGAUUAGUACUACAGAGCUACGUCAAAUUAAGGUUGAUAUAAUUCGCAAAAAUAUUUCUGCGAAAGAAUCCAUUUCCGAACUAGAUCGAGAUAUAGUUAAUCCUGAAGAUGUGGUCAUCAAAAGAAGAAUGGGGGAAGGAUGUAAACCGAUAUUCGACAGAAAAGAAAUUAAAACAGCGAUGGUCAAAAUCAAUGAAGUGAAGGAGCAACAUUCGCUUGCAGUCGUAGAUGGGGACCAACCAGGUUCCUCGAGCAAAUUACGAACUUCCAGGAAACGUUUUUCAUCCUUGAAUACUAUCAGAAAUCGUGAUUAUAGUCCUGGAUAUCGUAUAGAUUCAAAGCGUUAAGAUAGUAGGACGAUCACCGUAAAAAUGACGGGAGGAACAGUGUGGAGAAAAGUGUCAGAACAAACGUAGAGAACACACAGAAAAAGAUAUACAGAGAGAGACGCAAAUAAAUACCCCACACAACGUUAUGUCGUCUUAUAUUCGUCUGAAAGACAUCUUAAAAUCACUCAGACAUCUUACGAAACUGUCAAAGAGAUGUAUUUAAAACGUCUAUAAGACGUCUUAUGCAACAAGUUUCGACAAUUUAAAAACAUUUGAGAUGUCUCUUGAUUUGUCUUAUAAGACGUUUGUAAAACUUAUUUUAAGAUGUCUUUAAGACAAACGUUUUAGUAAUAUGACGAUUUUAUACUCAAGUAGCAAAUGAUCGUCAUUUGAUGCUUUUUAUCAUUAUAAUUAG